AUGAUUCCAUGCCCUGAGGGCACGUACCUGGACAGAGCGGGUUCUUCAAGUAGCAUGGAUUGUGAGGUAUGCAAAGAAGGAAAGUAUUCUUCGAAAGGCGCCUCGUUCUGUUCGAACUGUGAGGAAGGAUUCUAUUGCUCCGAGGGAAACCGGUUUGCUUGUGCAGUUGGGACUUAUUCAAUGUCUAACAUGUCUUCAUGCAUCGAAUGUCCAUCUGGAAGCUUUUGUCCUCUCAAUGGCACGACUCCAAUCCCCUGCCCUCCCGGUUCAUACUCGCUAUCCAAAGCAGUUUCAUGCAGUCUGUGCUCUGCGGGAAAGUGGUCAUCAUCCGGGUCUAGCAGUUGUGAGUCUUGUCCUCCUGGGCAAUUUUUGAAAGAAAAUCUAUGCAUUCCAUGUCCUGCAGGAUUUUAUUGCAGUUUCUCCGACUAUGGUGCAGUAGAAUGCUCUCGAUGCCCAAACGGAACCUUUUCCACCUGUAACUCAUCUUACUGCCUUCCUUGUCCACCAGGAUCAAUCUGCAACUUCGAGUCAGUGAGGCCAAUAACCUGUCCUGAAGGUACAUUCGCUCCUGGAGGUUCGUCUGUAUGCGAGCUCUGCCCGCACGGCUCAUACUCUCCUGUAAACUCUUCAAGCUGCUUUUUAUGUCCAUCUGGUAGAUUCUGCGCCAAUGGUAGUGUUCCACGUCCUUGCAACGUUGGUAGCUAUUCGCUUGAGAGUCAGAACGAUUGCACGCCAUGUCCCUCCGGGACCUUCACGAAUGAGACGGGAGCUUCGUCCUGCAUCUCUUGCCAAGCAGGUUUCUACUGUCAUGUAGGAUCAACGUUUCCAAGUCCAUGCAGCCCAGGAUACAUA